AUGGCCCCGCCCAAGCGGGGACUCUUCCGGGACUUCGAGUUCAGGCUCAACCCCCCGAAAGACGGCACCCCCACGGGAGCCGGCAAGAGGGGGAGAGCCGACUCGCCACCCGCUGCACCGAGAAAGAAGCCGCGCACCCGGGCCGGUGCCGGCGCCACCCUGGGCGGCGUGGGGGCCGGUGGCCCCACCACUGCGCCUGCCGCCGACCCGAUCCCGGUGGAGGAGCAGGCAACAGGCAAAGUCCUCCCAGCGGCUGGCGCCCCGGCAACAGGGGCUGGGAUGGAGGAGGAGGAGGCUCCUCCCGCAAGCUCGGCGGCACCGCAAGUCCCGACUGCGCCCGCGAUGAGAGCGGGCGUCGCGGUGGUCGAUCUUGGCUCCGACGUCGAAGACGCGGGGACAAGAGAGGAGCCGGAAGAGGAUCCAACACCAAGCUCCACCGCGCCGGACACAACGGUGGCGGUGCCCACCGUCGCUCCCGAGGCAGAGCUCGGCGACGUGUCCCGGGCCGUGCAGGCCGAUGAUGCGGAUCCCGCGGUCUCCCAGCAGGAGGCGCUUCCUGCCGAGGGCGCGGACACUCCAACAGUCCCGCAGCUCGUGGCCGCGGGUGUGGAGGAGGCUGUGGCAGGGGAGCAACAGGAGGCUCCGCCGCAGGGGGACGACGCCCCUCCAGGCCAAACAGUGGUGGCAGGGGCCUCGUCGUCGUCCGCUGCUACCACCGGCCUGGUUUCGGUAUCCUUGCCGGGCCGACUUGAGCCCAAUCACCUGGGACCCGAGCAUCUACGACCAGGGGCACCGGUUCCUUGA